GACUUUCAAUUUAAAGAGUUCUCCGAAUCAGUCAGACAGUUCUGUUUUCAUUAUUUACAGUGUUGUGUGAUUGGUUUUCUAGCCAAUGAAAGUGUCCUGCGUAAUUAAAUUCCUAAUAUCGAAACCUAAAUAAAUGUGUUUGAAACAAUAACCAAAAACAAUUCUGGUUUCCUUCGUGUAAAAUGAAUUUUCUGCUGAUACAAAGUCGCUACUGAUGGACAUUCAAAGACGUUUUUUAUAGCGUGAAAACCUUAGAUUUUAUAUUACACUCAUAAUUUUGCACAAUGGGGAGGUUUACAGGGAAGAAAUGUCGGCUGCUGUCAAUGCUGUGGCUGACGGGGAGCUUCUUCAUCGUGGAACUACUAGUGGGCUACAUCACAAACUCCAUGGCCCUGGUCGCAGACUCAUUUCACAUGCUGAGCGAUGUCGCAGCAUUAGUAGUUGCAUUCUUAUCUGUCAAAAUGUCACCAAAGAAAUGGUCAAAGAACACGUUCGGGUGGGCCCGCGCGGAAGUCCUGGGCGCUCUAGUGAACGCUGUGUUCCUAGUAGCUCUGUGCUUCAGCAUCACAGUUGAAGCCGUGAAGAGGUUCUUCAACAAGGAGGAUAUUCAUGACCCCAAACUGCUGGUGGCGGUCGGCACGUUAGGGCUGCUGCUGAACAUUGUUGGACUGUUUUUGUUUCAUGAGCACGGCAGCAGCCACGGCCACUCCCACGGGGGUGUACCACCACCGGCCAACGUCCGGCACCUAACAGAACUGGUGAACAGCAACGCAGACAUGGCGCUCGGCCAUAACGCGACCGACAACGAGGAGACUGACGAGAUGAUGGUGCCUCCCAAAGCGGUGAAGGCGCCCAGCAAGCCCCCGAAGCCAGUCAGCGAUCCAGGGCAUAUGAAUAUGAAGGGCGUGUUUUUGCACGUGCUUUCGGAUGCUUUGGGUUCGCUAAUAGUGGUGGCGUCAGCGCUGGUGGUAUGGCUGACGAACUGGCGGUACAAAAUGUACAUCGACCCAGCGCUCAGCAUAGUACUAGUUAUCCUAAUUCUAAUAUCCGUGUGGCCUUUACUGCGGGAGUCGUCGCUAAUAUUGCUGCAAACUGUACCGACGCAUAUACAGGUGGAUGCCAUCCAACGAAGGUUGUUGGAGAAGGUGGACGGAGUGUUGGCAGUGCACGAGUUCCACGUAUGGCAACUGGCAGGAGACAGGAUUAUCGCAUCUGCGCAUAUUAGAUGCAGAAACCUGUCGGAGUACAUGAAGAUAGCGGAGAAGGUGAAGGAGUUCUUCCACAACGAGGGCAUCCACUCCACCACCAUCCAGCCCGAGUUCGUGGAGCUGCCGCUAGGCGCCGCGGGGAUUGCUAACGGCGCGGCGAUAGAGGCGCCGUGUGCCCUCCACUGUCCGCCCAACGACCUCUGUCAUAACGCGACGUGUUGCGGACCCAACCAACAAGAAGAGCGUACGACCCCGUCCCCAGCCGUCACCCCCUACCUCUGCCGCCAGCGCAGCAUGGGCCAACGGACCGCCUCGACUGGCUCCAACUUAGACCAGGGACCAGCGCCCAGCCACCACCAUCUAGAUGCCCUGGAGUGUGGGUCUCUACUCCCAGCGACUGUGCAAGAAGACUCAGUGAGACUGAGCGUCUGACCGGCACCCAGCAUCGUGGUGACUAACGCGUAAGAUUGUGCCGCCCUAAAAUCGCCACGUGUGUCCAGGUAUGUUAGGCCAGUUUGUGUUGACGCGUAAUUGCGUGUCACAGUGACUGUGGUGAUGAAAGUUUAGUGUCAUAGUGAUGUGGUGGUUUUAGAAUGGCUGUUUUAUACGAACAUUGGAUUCGGAACGGUUUAUACGGGAGUUGUUAGGGAUAAGUCUCGUUUGUUGUUGCGUGUUAGAGACUAGUGAGCUAGAAUGUAUUUGAUAUGAACACCAAUGAAAUUUUAUUUACAUAGAAUCUUGUAGUUUAGGAUAUGUUAUAGUUAGUAAUUGUAAUCGGGUAAAAUGUGUGCGACUGGCAUGAAUGAAAAUUAGUGAAAUGAGAUAAGAUAUAAAGUUUCUUUUUUAUUUCAAUCGGCUAUGGUAAAUAGUAACGUAACUUUAAAUAUUUAAAACUUUUAGAUAAUACUAUUAUUACGGUUGAAACCCAGAUUGUACUGUAGACAUUUGGACUUUCUAUUUACUUGUAUGCAAUUCUACACCCAAAGUUAGUGAAUGAACUUUGAUAAUUAUAGGGUCACAGAACUGACAAAGCCAAAUUGUUAGAAAAAUCAUAUCCGAUAUAUAACUUUGUAGCCUUAUAUCCCGUUUACCAUGAUUUACGAUAACUUCAGUAGGUCGUCAUCAGAUAAGUACAAGCCCUCGUAGACAUAAUAAACAUGCUAUAAUUCAGUUUUUGUAAAACCUACAAUAGGUCUUUUGUUCUUAGUUUAUUGAAAUUGUAAUUUUCAGUUCAGCCCAUUUAACUGAUUAAAUACAUUUCAAUUUGUUUUAAACAACCUGAGAAAUUAAUAAUAAUUAACCUUAUCGUCUAACGGUAUAUUGCAUAAUGCAUAGUUUUAUCAUUCUGUGUAUAUAUGUACUCAGAAUCAAAUGUGUUCAUAAUAAGUGAGAGAAAAUACCUCUUCAGAAAAAAACGCAAUAAAAUAAAAAUCGUGUUUACAGUGUAGUUUAAGUCGCAUAUAUGAUGUAGAUUUGUAAUAUAUUAGCCGAAUUAUUGCAUUAAAUAAACCUACAACAACAUUAUUACUGGAAACAGGUGUAAUAUAGGUAUAUCGGCUUACCACAAUUUUAUAUUUCGAUUCGAUACUAGAUACAGCUGUUGACAAUGUAGAUUUUUUUUAAAUGUACCUGUUUUCUUCAAUAAUAAAAAAUCUUCGGGCAACCAAUACAUAUUUCAAUUGCAAAGACCAAGUUAUUUCUUACUCGAAUGUCUGAAUAUUUGCAAAACGAAUCGAAUAUUUUUUUAUGUAGGUACGUCAAUAAUUUAUUUGCAUGCAAUAAAAACCUUGUAUCCCUGAAGUUUCUUUACAUAAUGUGGUAUGGCUGAUUGAAACCUCAUAACAAGAUCAUCUAAGUUCAACAUUAGCAGACAUCCUGUAUCUUAUACUUAAAAAUGUGAUCGUAUAUUUUAUAGUUUUAAGUAGACUAAAGCCUAUGUCUGGCUAGCAUUUUUAGUAUAUGAAUCUAGGUAAGAAUUAUAUGCGGUAUAUUUCAUAGAUAGAUAUUAAUAAACACAAUUUUAUAGUAUGCUUUAGGAUCGGUGCACUUCUAAUCUAAGUAGAUGAUGACUUUUGUUAAUGCUUUUUAACAUUUUAUGCAUAAAUUAGUGCUCAAUUUAUACUUACGUAGCAUUUUUGCAGUUACAAAAUACAGAUUUCACGUUAUUUCCCAUCUACAAACAGAGUUCAAGAAAAUAUUAUUGGGAAAAACUAUCUCAUCUCUAUGAGCUCAAAUACCAAUACCUAUUAAAAUAAAUACCUAUUUUGACUUAGCAUUUACAUUCUCAUUUUCAUUACUGCAUAAUUAUCUUUUGCAUAUUCUUCAGAUUGCACAUUUAUAAUUUAAAGUUUGCUCUUAUCUAGAUUUAACUGUUAGUAAAAAUCUGGCAAAUCCAAUCCUGUGAUGAGAAAUAUACGGCUAUACCUAUUAUAUUUUCAAUUACAAUCCAAAUACCAAUACUGCGGCCACCUUCAUCUUUUACAAAAUGUUUUCUUGUCUGCUAAAACCCUUUGAUUUAUAUAUUUUUAUAUCUAAUUUCGCAAAUUAGGGCAAUUGGAAACAGUAUUCCAGUGUGAUUAUUAUGCAAUCUUCGAUUUAUCGAUUUAAAGUUUGGGAGCUUCCCUUCUCGACUAUUUAUUGAAUUAUGAUCGUAGCAACAACACUUCUGUAACUUGUAAUUUUAUGAAUUUAAAAUCAUAGUUAAUUUGUAAUAUGUAAUAACAAUAUGAAUUUUAUAUAUCAAAUAUAUUUACAAAAGGAGUAUUGUUGACGAGAACUGAUUGUAUCACGUGAGGUCAUCGACACAGCUCAAUAUUGCAAUGUAUUAUAUUGUAUUUAUGUACAAAAUGUAUAAUAUUGUACAUUAAAUUAUGAAGGCAAAGCCUUUGUAAAGUAUGUUGAAGUCUCGCUUUAUUAUGCUUUGUUUUUGACUGGUUUAUUCGAAUUUAGAUGUUUUUAAUGAAUUUUAAUUUACUUUGCGAAAAGUAUUGAUUUUUAACGUAUUAAUUAUGGCGUAUAUUUUCCUUUAUUGGUGUUUUAUUGAUUUUGGCUCAUUUUUUCUAACAAAUUAUAGUAAAGCGUGACACUAUUCCUUAAAGUUAAGUUAAUAAUUGUUUGAUCUAAAGAUAUGAUUGAUGUUUCAAAUCAUUAUUUAAAUGUUAAAUCCAUACGUGCAAAAUGUGUUGAUAUGUAUUUUCACGGUUAAUAAAAUACAUAUUUAAAAGAA